CACUCAGUCAUACCCAAGGCAUAUGAACUCUGGUACAUACCUUUACGGAUAAAGUUUUAAAAGAGUGAUACACUGCUGAACCCAGUGUUAGUGUCUAAGUGCUAAGCAAGAUGCGUGGAAUACUCUUAGUGUUGUUUUGUUCCGCGUCUGUGUAUGGGCAAAGCUAUCCAGCUGACAACGCGGCAGAACGGGAAAAUCCUACGCAGCCGUACUCUGAUAUUUCGGAAAGAAUCGGCAACUUCUCCAUUGAACUUCUGUUCCACACCUCGAAGCAGUACAACGGUGGUAACCUAAUAAUUUCACCGAUAUCAGUGUGGACUGUUUUGGCUGUCAUUUCUGGAGGUGCCCACGGCAAAACAGCAGCACAGCUACACAAUGCACUCAGAAUCACAAAGAAAAACACAGACUUGCUCAGGUCAAGCUACCAAAACCUAAACAAGAAGCUCCAAGUGAACUCAUUGACCGUGACUUUUGUUAACAUAAACGCAGUUUUCGUGGAUCAAAAUACAUUAAUCCUAAAUGACUUUCAAACUGUUGCUGAGUCUGUAUAUGAGACCCCAGUUGUACUGUUAGACUUCAACGAUAGAGUAAAUACUGCGAAUGCUAUCAAUCAGCUUGUUUCAGACGCUACGCGUGGGCGAAAGUUGGUUCACAGCAGUUACAUUGACAAAGGAAUUAUUGCAACAAGCGCUUUGCAUUUUAAAGGACAAUGGAAAGUCCCGUUCAAUGCGGCAUCGACAGCAAUUAUGCCUUUCUACAGCAGCACUGGUGAGCAAAUUGGCGAAGUUAAUAUGAUGCACAGUCGGUUCACUUACCCGUUUGCUAACAUGAAAGAGUUACAGGCUAGAGUUAUAGAGUUGCCAUACGGUAAAGAAGACCGUUUUUCGAUGCUUAUAAUGUUACCACAUCCCAACGUGUCCCUCGUAAGCAUGUUCAGGAACUUGGCAAGAGUGACUUUAGAUACAAUCAUCAACCAACUAAGGGUAUAUAAAAAGGAAUAUGGAGAAGACGACGUGGAGUGUUACUUACCACGUUUCAGGAUUGAGUCCACAUUAGAUCUCGCAAACGUAUUGAAGAGUGGUAUGGGUAUCGAAGAUGUGUUCGAUGAAAAUGUUGCGAGGCUACCUUUAUUGGCCAGGACGCCUUCAUUUGUGUCUAAGGUAAUUCACAGAGCGGAGAUAGAAGUAACCGAAGAAGGUACUACCCCAAAAUGGAUUGCUGGGGACUCCUCCCAUCAUGUUGGCGCAGUAUCGUUCGUCGGCAACAGGCCUUUCUAUUUCUUGGUUAUCGAAAAAGUCACCAUGUCAAUCAUAUUUGGAGGGGUUUAUGAAACGCCUUCCUUGUAUUAGUUAUGAUCCUCACCAUCUCUGUUACCAUAGACUUGGUAAAUACUGUGCUUGCUGUAGCUACUUACCAAUGUACCUUACUUACAUACAUAC